AUGGCGUCGUCUCCCGUGCACGCCGGCAGUCAGACAUCGCUCCUGAAGCAUACGAAGGUCACUGUCAAUUCGGCGUAUACGGCUGCACCCGCAGUGCCUGCGCUCACUGAAAAUCUGCUGCAAAGGGACGUAUUCGACUACGACUUCAGUCGCGAGCGCGUGUUCCUGGAGAUUGCUGAGGCCGAGAUCGCUGCUAUGCGAAACGCUGAAGAAGAAGAGAAGGCAGCAGUCGCAGCGCGACAGCAGAACGGGUCGGACGACGAGCUCGUGCGACAGAGCACGAAGUUGUCACUGUCGAGUGAUGUAAGUUCUCCCAGACGCCACGUCGGCUAUUCAGCCAAGCCUCGCAGCUCUAGUGAAGAGGAUGUUGCAGCCGCGAUCUCAGCCUCUCUGCGCGAAUACUAA